UCCGCCUCGCCGCGUCUGCUGCCGCCCGCGCAGCUGUCCGGCGCCCUGGCCGCCUUCGGGGCCGCCUUCGGGGCGCAGGGCCCGCGGGCCGUGUUGCAGCACUUCGACGCCCUCUGCAGCCUGCUGCAUCACUUCCACACUGUGGAUGCUGCUAUCAAAGAGGAUGCCCUGGAUCUGAUGAAAAAAGUAGUGUCCUCUCACUAUAAUGACCUGCCUUCCAUCUUGGAUGAUCCUGGCCUGAGCUCCUCAGACCGCUUGGCUCACCUCAAUGCCCUUAAGAUGAACUGCUACGUGCUGACUCGUCUAGUGGAGGCUUUUGAAACAGAGUCUUUCAAACGUGACUCAGUGGAGCUGAGUCUUGGUGGAAGGAACAAGAAGGGUUGCGCUAAGCGCUCUGGAUUCUCAUGGGAGGAAGAGAGGCAGCCACUCAUACAGCUGCUGACAGAGCUGCUGCAACUGGAUCUCCGUCGACUGUGGAGUGGUUUGGUGGUAGAGGAGGAAUUUGUCAGCUUGAUGACUGGCAUCUGUUACCGCAUCCUGGAGAAUCCAACCAUCAACCACCAGAAGCAUCGGCCUACACGGGAGGCAGUGAUACAUUUGCUUGCUGUGACUCUGAUGCGUUAUGACCACAUGCUUAGUGCCACUCUGAAGAUCACACAGAUGCUACAGCACUUUGAACAUGUAGCCCCUUUGUUUGGAGGAGCUGUGAGCCUUUGGGCUACAGAGUAUGGCAUGAAGAGUAUAGUGGGUGAGCUGUUGAGAGAGAUUGGACAGAAGUGUCCACAGAAUCUGGCUCGGGAUGCUUCUGGAGUGAAGGGCUAUGCUGUCUUUCUCACAGAACUGGCUGAACAAAUCCCAGGCAUGGUGUUGUCCAACAUGAGUGUCCUGCUGCAUCACCUGGAUGGAGAGAAUUAUACAAUGAGAAAUGCCAUCUUGACAGCUAUGGCAGAGAUACUGCUCCAAGUACUGAAUGGAGACCAACUAGAGGAAGCUGUCAGGAGUACACGGGACCAGUUCCUGGAUACGUUGCAGGCACACGUGUGUGACGUCCUUGGGCAUGUGCGCAGCCGUGUAUUGCAACUUUUCACACGGAUUGUCCAGCGCAAGGCCCUGCCAUUGACUCGAUUCCAGACAGUAGUGUGUCUGGCAGUUGGCCGUCUCCAAGACAAGUCAGUGAUGGUGGUGAAGAAUGCUGUCCAGCUGCUGGCUGCAUUUCUUUCCAACAACCCUUUCUCCUGCAAGAUAAGCUGUUCUGACUUGGCUGAGCCGCUCAAGAAGGAAAUGCAGAAGCUGCAUGAAAUGAGGGACAAACACAGGGCUGCAUCUGCAUUAGCAAUUACACCAGAGGAGGAGUGGGAAGCAAUGCAGCCAGAGCUCAAGGCCACGGUGCAACAGCUCCUUCAUCCACAACAGGGAGAAGAGGAGAGAGAGGUGGCAGUAGAGGUUGAGGACACUGCACAGGAUACAGCAGAGCAAAUUAUCCAGUUACUGAGGAAGCUAAAUUAUAAGGCUGCUGUUUGCCUUACACAGGAGGCUGUGAGCUGUUUCCAAGGAAUAGAGCCCUUCAUCAGCACUUCCGAGUUGAAGGAUGACAAGGAAGCCAUGAUCUUGGGCAUCUUGAAGGCACUCUACACAGGUUCCCACCUAAAAAACUGUGUCCCAAAGCCUUUGAAUGACAGUGAUAAUACUGAAAGUGAAGAUCUUGCACUAGUGGAGCAGCUAGCAUCAGAAAUGGUCAAGCAGGAGAUGUUGGUGCAGUAUCUGCAAGAUGCCUACAACUUCUCUGUAAAAAUCAUGGAAGCCAUGAGCAUGGUUAGCAGGAUGAUGUACGGAAACUCUGUCUCUGUUGUGCAAGAGGCCAUUGAGUUCUUUGUAACAGUCUCACAGUUUGGAGUCCCUCAGGCAGUGCUUGGAGUUCGCAGGAUGCUCCCUCUCAUAUGGUCAAAGGAGCUGAGCAUUAGAGAAGCUGUGCUGAGUGCCUAUAGGAGGCUCUACCUGAGCCCCAGCGGGGAUUCUGAGAGAGUUAGGGCCCAGAACCAGGUGCAAUCUCUCUCCUUCCUUAUGGUGGAUGCCUCGCUUGGGACCAUUCAGUGCUUGGAGGAAAUAAUCAGCGAGUUUGUUCAGAAAGAUGAAAUAAAGCCAUCUGUGAUCCAGUUGCUUUGGGAGCAGUUCACAGAGAAAUCCCAGUGUUCAUCACUGGAGCGCCAGGCUGCUAUCAUGCUGCUGGGCAUGAUGGCAAGGGGAAAGCCAGAGAUCGUGGGCAGUAACUUGGAUGUUUUGGUGACAGUGGGGCUAGAUGAGAAGGUUCACAAAGACUAUGGCUUUGCCAAAGAAGUGUGCAAUGCUAUCUCCAAACUGGCUGGUUGCAACAAGCCAGCCCUGGGGAAGAGCCAAGCUCCCUUUCGACUGCCACAGACUCACCUGCUGUUUGAAUGGCUGAGUGAUGCUGUGAGUGCAGGUUUUGCCCAGCCAAGCACUCUUUGGCUCCCCUUCAUGGAAGCAGCAGUGAACCUCAUCUAUCAGCUAGCAGAAGGGCCUGAGGAGAUAUGUGCUCAAAUCCUGAAGGAUUGUAGCCAGAAGACUCUGGAUGGGCUGCUGGACCUCCCAGCAGAGCUAGAGGCUUCUCCAGGCAGCAUCCCUGGUGGCACCAGUGCUCUCCCUACCUUCCUGCUGACACAUCUCAUUUCUCUGGUGGGACAUGUGGCAUUACAGCAGGUUGUGUAUUUGGAAGGGGCAGUGAGUGCAGAGCUACGCAGGCAUCGUGUCCUUCGGGAGGAACAGGAAGCCAAGAAACAUGCUGCCAGCAGCACCAAAGAGCAGAGUGCCAAGGACACAGGUAAUGAGACCACCAUGGAGGAGGAUCUGGGUCUUGUGGGAGCCUCAGCUGAUGACACUGAGGCAGAGCUCAUUCGUAAUAUAUGUGAGACAGAGCUGCUGGAUGAGAAACAGCUGUUCUCUACCUUUAUUCCACUGGUGCUCAAGAUCUGCAAUAACCCUCUGGUCUAUCGUGAUCCAGCUCUCUCAGCUGCUGCAGCACUGGCCCUUGGCAAAUUCUGCAUGAUUAGUGCUGAGUUCUGUGACUCUCAGUUGCGCCUCCUGUUUACCAUGCUGGAGAAGUCCUCUCUACCUGGUGUGAGAUCCAACCUCAUGAUUGUAGCAGGAGACCUGGCCAUCCGUUUUCCCAACCUGAUAGAGCCUUGGACCCCCCAUUUGUACGCCAGGCUGCGGGACCCCUGUCAUGAUGUGAGGCAGAUUGCAGGGCUUGUGAUGACUCACUUGAUCCUCAAAGACAUGGUGAAAGUGAAGGGACAGGUGAGCGAGAUGGCAACUCUGCUCAUUGACCCUGAGGAGGAGAUUGUGCAGCUGGCUCAGAAUUUCUUCAGUGAGCUCUCCAACAAGGGUAAUGCUAUCUAUAACUUGCUCCCAGAUAUCAUCAGUCGCCUGUCAGACCCAGACUGUGGUGUAGAUGAGGAGUCAUUCCACACCAUUAUGAGGCAUCUUUUCUCCUAUAUCACAAAAGACAAGCAAGCAGAGAGCCUGGUGGAAAAGUUGUGCCAGCGAUUCCGGACUGCCAAAACUGAGCGUCAGUUUCGGGACCUGUCUCACUGUCUUACGUUGCUUCCACUCUCGGACCGUGGCCUCCACAAGAUGCAAGAAAACUUUGAUUGCUUUGCUGACAAGCUGCAGGAUCCAGCUGUCUACAGAUGUUUCCGAGCUACAUUGAGCCGACUUCACAGGGGAGGUACCAAGCCUGAGACAAAGGUUCUGAUUGAAGAAUUAGAGCAGAAACUCCAUGUUUGCCAUAACCGUGGCCUAGAUUCCAUUGAGGCUCCAGGGGAGAUCCCAGGCCAGGAGAGUAGCCAGACACCUGUUCCAGGGCCAGCAAAGAAGAGACCAGUGGCUGGCUCCCAACGCCGCCAGCCACUGCGCGUAGCCAACAGAGAGGUAGACUCACCAUUCAUCACGCCACCGCCUCGCAUGACUAGACACCACCGGAAUGCCUCAAAACGCAAUCCAUCCCGGAGACCUGCUAUCACCUUCUCUAGUGAUGAAGAGAACAGUCUUGAGGAGGAUGAGCUUUCAGCAGAAUUGAAAGAGGAUGAAACCCCUACCAAGAAGACUCCCAUUUCUCGAGCUUCUGCCCGCCGUGCUCGAUGAUGGAGCCCUUUGCAGAUAUCUUUUACUAAUGAGAAAUAAAACUUUUUGUGGGAACCACCUCCUUCUGUCAUGCAACCUUUCAGACCUCCAUGUCAGUAAGUGACAGAGCUGGGACUUGCAGGAGUCUAAACUUGAGUCCAAUGUCACAUUGCAGUUUUGCCCUUUUCAUAAGCUGGCAACAUGUACAGCAGUGAUUCUCAACGGGGUACCUUAAGAUCCUUUCAAGGGUGUUGCAGGAUGCCAUACAACAUUAGCACUGUUAGCUGUACAAAUAUGAUUCACAAGAUAAACCCAUACAUU